AUGUGCUGGGCUGUGUUUUGUGGACUGGGGCUCAUGGAUGCCCAGCAGUUUGCAGACGCUGCUCUGACCACCCCUCCCCUGGCACCUCCGGCCUCGGUCUCGGGAUCCUUUUUCAACAGUGGCCCAGUCGUGGCGACCUGGUGGAUUGAGGCGACCUGGUGGCUUGAGGUAAGCAAAGCAACCCGGAGGGGUCGACUCUGCGAAGACCUUUGGCGGAAGGCCGACAGGUUGUGUCCUCCAGUCAGUAAGCCAACUCCCUCUCCAUCCUGCCGGUCUUUACCUGCUGUCCUCCUCUUUAGCAAACUCCGAGACCAGGCCGGAACGCGAGGUCCACGGAAGCAGCCGCAGCUGCGGCCCGAGCGCCUCGGGGUGAGAACUUGGGCGAGCAGGGCCCCGGCGGCGCGUCUGCGGCCCGCCCCUCGCCAUCAGCUCUGCGGGGAGCCCGCGCUCGGCGCGCCCAGGACGGGACGCCAGGGCGUCCCCGCCGGGUGCCCCGCGUGUGACCCGGCGCCAGCUCACAAACGCGGGGGCGCGGCCACCCGGCCGGCUCGGUCCCCCUGCGCCAGGCAGGCCAGUCGCCACCUCCUGAGUCUCCGGGUUUUCUGUCCCGCCCUCCCGCUCGCCGGCCGAGAGAAGCACCUCGGGAGCUCCCCGGUGAGGCUGUGCACCAAGCCCAGGUCCUCCACGCCUGUGGCAGCGCCACAUGUGCAUUCUGUCCCUCCUGCUGCAGCCUCGGCCCCACAUCCUUGGAAAUACUGUGGGAGUGCUGCUGCUGCACGAUUCAAAGGAAAAAAUGGAAAAAUUAGAGUCACAGUCUUGAACUGAUAUAAAAACAUAUCAACAAAUCAGAAGAAGAGGGAACGUCAGCAGAUCUAGAAGAUAUCACUAGGCAAUUUAGGUCACAGUCAAUGGAGGAGUCUGCAUUUAUUACAGAAACACCAAAUGCAUUAAACGAAG